UAAUGUUGCACAUGACUUUGUUUUGGCUGUCAAUGAACGGUAGAGUGAGCCCGGAGGAACAUAAGCAGUCCGCUUUAUUCUCAAAGGGGAAACCGCAGGCAGACAUCCAAAUAAAUGGAAUGGCAUUCAGACUAGAAAAGCCGGACAAAUAGGCUAUGUCAAAGGAACUUGAUGUAGAGAGGUCUUGGGAUAGAUAGUCUUCUUUCUGGUGCCUGUCGUGGUCAGGCAGACAGUAAAGGGACACUCAAUGCGUUGACGGCAGUGCCGCUAUUGGAGCAAAAGACGUGGAUGGAUGCAGAAUUAUUUGCAAAUUUGCUGGGAAAUCCAACAGCGCAUUGGAAGAAUGCAGUGAGGAGUUUCCAUCACAUUGCUGGGCUGAACGUUGACUGACAUACACACAGGAUUUGGAGAAGAAGUGUUGUCUUCGUUAGAGCGUUGGACUAGGAACCAAAAGUUUGCCUGAGCUGACAAGGUCUGAACCGUAAUGUGUUCCAUCCCGGCUGUUUGAUGAUGCUGCUGCUGCUUGGGUAGAGCGGCUCGUUGAGACGACCCUCUGGCCCCCCCUGUGCCACCCCACCACCUAGCUACCAUGCUGAUCAAGGAGUAUCGGAUCCCCAUGCCUAUGAGCGUGGAAGAGUACCGCAUCGCCCAGCUCUACAUGAUCCAGAAGAAGAGCCGAGAGGAGAGUUGUGGUGAGGGUAGUGGGGUAGAGAUCCUAGAGAACAAGCCGUAUGAGGAUGGUCCAGGCGGGUCGGGUCAGUACACACACAAGGUGUAUCACAUCGGGAAACACAUCCCCUCAUGGUUCUGCUCCAUCCUGCCUCAGGCUGCUCUACGCGUGGAGGAGGAGUCCUGGAACGCCUACCCAUACACACGCACACGGUAUACCUGUCCAUUCGUAGAGAAGUUCUCCAUAGACAUUGAGACGUAUUAUAAACCUGACACAGGGACCCAAGAGUGCUUCAAUCUGUCAUCAGCAGACAAAAGAGCGAGGACUGUAGACCCCAUUGAUAUUGUGAAGGAUUACAUUGCGCCCCAUGAGUACCUGGUUGAGGAGGACCCUAAGCUGUAUGUAUCGGUGAAAACCCAGCGAGGACCACUGACUGACGACUGGAUCGAAAUGAUCAACCAGAACCCCACCCAGAACCCGGUCAUGUGUGCCUACAAGCUCUGCAAGGUGGAGUUCAGAUACUGGGGCAUGCAGUCCAAGAUAGAACGCUUCAUACACGAUGUUGGCCUGCGUAAGGUGAUGGUGCGUGCCCACCGGCAGGCGUGGUGCUGGCAGGAUGAAUGGUAUGGUCUGACCAUAGAGGACAUCAGACAGCUGGAGCUGGAGACCCAGCUAGCCCUGGCCACGAAGAUGGCCCAGUAUAGCCUCAGUGACACCGAGGAGUGCGCAGCAGAGUCCAACAGGACCCCCGUCACACCUGACCGGGACUUGGAGGGGGCCCUGCGGGACGGGGGAGAGGUGGAGGGAGGAAGGGCAGGGCUGGGAGAUACGUUACAUACGCGUGGAGAGCUCACCAAGCAGUGGUCAACUUCAUCCAGGUCGUCUAAUAGAUCUUCGAAGAGAGGAGGAAGUCCUGUGAACCAGAACAUCUCAGAGUGGCGGAUGCAGAGUAUCGCUCGUGACUCAGAGGACAGCACUGACGACGAGUUCUUCGAUGCUCCCGAGGACUUCUCUGGAGAUGAGGAGAUGUUAUUACAUGCCAAGGAGAUGAACAAGUGGAGUUCCAACGACCUGAUGGACAAGAUAGAGACUACAGAGACAGACGAAGGCCAGGAGAACCUGUAUCAGGAGUCGGGUGAAGACUAUACAGUAACCAGUAGUGAGGAACGACUGAUUGAGCGUCACGUCUCUAGUAAACGGAGACGUCGUUCCACUGUCAGGUCCCACAGACGACCAGCUGAUGGGUCGUCUCAGCAGUGUCUGACGCCCUCCAAGAUCCACGUUCUGGUUCUGGUUCUUCACGGGGGUAACAUAUUAGACACUGGAGCAGGUGAGCCAAGUAGUAAGCAGGCUGACGUCAACACUCUGAGUGGAGCAUUUGAGACUGUGAUGAGAGUACAUUACCCAGCAGCCCUAGGACGCAUUGCCAUCCGCAUGGUUCCCUGCCCGGCGGUGUGUGCCGACGCCUUUUCACAGGUUUCCAAUCUCAGUCCCUAUAGUUUUGAUGAGGGCUGCCUUUCCAACAGUCAGGACCACAUCCCUCUGGCUGCACUGCCUCUAUUGGCCACUUCCGCUCCGCAGUACCAAGACGCCGUGGCAACCGUCAUCCAAAGAGCCAAUCAGGUGUAUGGAGACUUUAUCAGGUCCUUGGAAGGGGCAUCCUUCUCCGGACAGGUGUGUGUGAUCGGGGACUGUGUAGGUGGUAUCCUAGGGUUUGAUGCGCUGUGCAGCAGUAACGUGAUCGUUUCAGAAAGCCAGAACAGCAGUAGACGAGGCAGCACCAUCAGCGUACAGGACACAGACCUCCUCUCCCCUGGCAUCAUAAUAAACAGUGUCUCUCUGUCUUCUCCGUCUUCUCCGACUCUGGAGGGCAGUCGCCAUCUUAGUCGCAGUAACAUUGACAUCCCUCGCAGCUCAGGGCCUGACGACCCCAAGAGAAUGCUGCCUCGCAAACGCAGCGACUCCUCCACCUACGAACUAGACACCAUCAAACACCACCAGGCAUUCCUGUCCAGUCUCCAUAGCAGUGUAUUGAGAACAGACUCAGGUUCGAGGCGCUCCAGCGGGAGUACCAUGCUAGAGGGAGGGAGGCUGGACUUCGAGGUGGCAGACUUCUUCCUCUUUGGUUCACCUCUGGGGCUGGUGCUGGCACUGAGGAAGACUGUGGUGCCGUCCAUAGAUGUCUCAUCAUUGCGUCCGGCCUGUCAGCAGCUAUAUAACCUGUUUCAUCCAGCGGACCCCUCUGCCUCCCGCCUGGAGCCCCUUCUAGAGAAGAGGUUUCACCAGCUGCCCCCCUUCUGUGUCCCCCGAUACCAACGCUUCCCUCUGGGGGACGGACACUCUGCUCUGCUGGUGGAGACUAUGCAGAGUAACCCCCAUCUCCUGUUGGAGUCAGUACCCCUGCGUUGCCAGGAGGGGGGCGUCAGUGAGACCUCCAUCCCCGUCCCUGUACGCAGCUGGCCCCAGCAGGCCUCACAGCUCAACGACACGGACAUGUUAGUGGACACCCAGUACCCGUCCUCCCCGCUGACUGGACCCCCCCACUCCAGGGGCCCUCGUAGGUCCAGUGAGGCCAGCAUCGCUAGCCAGGUGUCAGGCAUGGCCGACUCAUACACCGCCUCCAACAUCGCCAACAUUGCGUCUCGGUGGUGGGGCAGCAAGCGGAUGGACUUUGCCCUGUACUGUCCUGAUGCCCUCACAGCCUUCCCCACUGUAGCUCUGCCUCACCUCUUCCAUGCUUCAUACUGGGAGUCCACUGACGUUGUCUCCUUCCUACUCAGACAGGUGAUGAGGCAUGAGAGCUCUAGUAUUCUGGAGCUGGAUGGUAAAGAGGUGACCGAGUUCAAGCCUUCUAAACCCAGAGAGAAAUGGCUGCGCAAGAGGACACACGUCAAGAUCAGGAACGUUACGGCUAACCACCGUGUGAGUGAUGCUGUGUUCACUGAGGAUGGAACACAGCUGGUGAUGGGACGCUUCAUGUACGGACCUCUGGACAUGGUCACUCUCACUGGGGAGAAGAUUGACAUCCACAUCAUGACCCAGCCCCCCUCAGGAGAGUGGAUGUACUUUGACACCGAGCUGACCAAUAGCAGCGGACGCAUCUCCUAUGUCAUCCCAGAGAGCAAGAGGCUGGGCAUUGGAGUUUAUCCUGUCAAACUGGUCGUCAGGGGAGACCAUACAUUUGCGGACAGCUACCUGACGGUGUUGCCGCGGGGAACAGAGUUUGUAGUGUUCAGUAUUGAUGGCUCGUUUGCUGCCAGUGUGUCCAUCAUGGGAAGUGACCCCAAGGUCAGAGCUGGAGCUGUAGAUGUGGUCAGACACUGGCAGGACCUGGGCUAUCUGAUAGUGUAUGUGACAGGUCGUCCAGACAUGCAGAAGCAGCGUGUGGUGGCCUGGCUGUCUCAACAUAACUUCCCUCAUGGCAUCGUGUCCUUCUGUGACGGCCUGGUCCACGACCCCCUCAGACACAAGGCCAACUUCCUCAAGGCCCUCAUCUGUGAGGCCCAUAUGAAGAUUUCUGCUUACGGCUCUACUAAGGACAUUUCAGUGUACUCCUCAAUAGGCCUGCCCCCGUCACACAUCUACAUAGUGGGGCGGCCCACCAAGAAGAUGUCCAGCCAGUGUCAGUUCAUCCCAGAUGGCUAUGCGUCUCAUCUCUCCCAGCUGGAGUACAGUCAGAGGUCUCGUCCUGCCAAGACCGCCAGUGCCCGUAUCGUCCUCCGUAAGGGCAGCUUUGGACUGGGCGCGGCCGGUGGGGACUACCUCCGCAAGCGCAACCACAUCCUGCGCUCAAUCAACCCAACUGGGGGGGUGGUUUCUAGCUCCUCUGGCCAACCAGGACGUACGGAACGCACGCUCAGCCAAUGCGAGGUGGAGAGGGAGAAAGCAGCGGGGACCCAGAGGAGUAUGAGUAUAGCAGCUGGGUGUUGGGGCCGCACCGGGAGCACCAAGGAGGAGUCAGGAGGGUUACUCAGCCCUAAGUAGGGCUCACCAGACUGGGCUACAGGGGGAGGGGACCCUGCCUGACGGGACAUGAGCAACAUCUCUGGACUGGCCCUGAGAGAGAGAUGGAGAGAGGAGGAAAUAUGGUGAGAGAGAGAGAUAAAGAAAAUGAUGGGAUGAAAGGGGAGGGAUAGGGUUAACAGAGGGAUGGAAAGAGAGGGAAAAGGGCAGAGAGGGUCUCUGGGGAAAUGGAUAUAAAGCCAGAAAGAUGGGUGUUGCUCUAACUUUGAUGUACAUUUUCUAAAGACGUUUCUACGUUAUGAUGAGAGUCUCACAGUCAAGACAUUUAUAUUACCUAUCUUGUCCACGAAAAUAACUGUAAGGAAAAACGAAACAUUUAAACAAACUAUCGUAAGCCUUAAUCGUUGCCCCCUUGGGGCCUGGAAGGCCCACCCUGGUCCGAGGAAUGGUUGAAUUUACUCUCUGCAUCUAAAGGGCAAUGGGGAUUCACAACCACCCCAGCUCAGGACAGGCCCAGACAGUGGAGCCAUCAAAAGAAGUGUCAAUGGUGACCUGGAGGUCAGGGUGGUCAGUUUGUAGCCAUGGCAACAAGCCAACAACUUCACUUCUGAUUUUAUCCCUUUAUCUUCGCUGAGAUUCUGUCAACAAAGAAGCACCAUUACCCUAAAGAAAGAUUGAGGGAAGAGGAGAAGAAAGAGGGAGAAGGAUACAUGGAAAGAGGGUAGAUACAGAGAGAGAUGCAAGGCAAAAAGGGAGGGAGGGGCAAGGUUAUGGAUGAGGUGUAGAAUUUCCCUCUAGUCUCUAUUUUCCUCUACUGUUUCCAGUGUGGUACUACACAGUGAUUUAUACUGUCAACGUUGGCUCCGCUCCAGUCCUUUUAAGUCAAUAACAGAGUAGCUACAGUACCAGUACCAUGUAUCUCAGUUUGGCCUGUGGGCUGUCCCAGGCCUUAAACACCAACGACAUGUUUAUGAGUCAGACUCUGAAGGAACCCAGGACUGAACUUAACAAGGCUUGGCUUUGAUAUAACAGAAGACAUUAGUGACACAUUUCCUCAGACAGAUAACAGCAACAAUCCCUUUACCAGACCAUCUGCUUGCAAUACCUUUGAGCCACCAGUGGUAGGCACUCUCCCACUCUGUUUUCCAUAAGCAUGAUGCUGUUGGUAGUCAUUCAGUCCAUCAUGCGGCGCCCCCUAGCGCUCAACAUUUGUCAUUACACACAAUUCAGUGACCACUGGACUUCCCUAUGAUACUCUGAGGAGUCUGAGCUCUUUCCUUCUUGAGGGAUGGGAUGAAUGCUAUUCAUUAGACAUUACUACAUUUCAGUCUGGAUAAAGACAUGCUUUGAUUACACUUUAUUUUACAGUUCCCCUAUCCUGUUUUAGUUUACCUGGUAGUAAUACCUCAUGAUAGACGCCUGCUGAUACCAAGUUGUUUCCAACUGUGAUUAAUUAUCUGAAGUACCAGAGAAUAUACAAUGUUAUUCCUUAGCAAAUACCACUGAUGCUUUGACUAAAUCUAUAGCAACCUGUACACAAAAUGAAAGAUGAACACCUAACAGAGAAGCAGUAGUAGGGUUGCACCCUUUUCUAUCAUAUUGUCCUGUUGUCUGGCUCCUACUGGUUAGAUAUUGAUAUGAGAGAGUGUUCCUUUAUCCUCCACUUCAAAUAUAUUCCCAUUACUAAUCACACAAAGCCAACGCAGGGCCAAAACACCAAUCUCUCUCUUAACGGCUGCAGUAUCUCAACCUGUUCAACCUCGUUGUUCUUAGCACUAGUUUAUGGCGGAGAAUCUAGUUACCACCUCAUGUAGCUACAUAUUGUUACCUUUGUAGUGCAUGAUAUAAUAACUAUUCAUUAUUGCAGGGUCUGUGUGCUACAGGACUUACACUAGUGUACAUUUGAUAAAUGUCAGGAUUACUUAAUAAUGUAAGUAAAUGUGCCAAGAACAAGACAGUUGUUGGUUUGGUGUGGAAAGAUAAUGUACCAGGCUGUAUCCAACCUUUCCUUUGUGCUGUGUACGGUGAGAUGAGUUGGAGCUUGUUGCAUUGAGAUCAUGGCGGUGUAGCUUUAACUAAAAGGCUGUGCUGUUAUAUACUGUAUUUUACAGAUGUAAAUCUAUGAAUUUGUAGAUUUGUUUUAAUCCCACAUAUUGUCCAUAUCUAUGUAAAGGACAUAAUUGCUGAUAUAGGAUGUGGUUAUGGUUUCACUUAUGACUUGAGCGCUUGUGAAGUCUAGCAUGUUGCUUUGAUUCUAGGGACACUAUUGUCAACUACAGUAGGGUGGCAGGUAGCCAAGCUGUUUGCUGGUUUUAAUAACCCAGGCUGACAAAGUGAAAGAAAUCCCUUAUAAAACAACUGAUUUGACCAAUGUGGUGGGAUGUAGGGAUACCUAGUCAGUUGUCUAACUGAACAUAUAGCUUCCGCAUUAACCCAACUCCUCUGAAUCAGAGAGGUGCGAAAGGCUGCCAUAAUUGACAUCCAUGUCUUCAGCACCCGGGGAACAGUGGGUUAACUACCUUGAUCAGGGGCACAAAGACAGAUUUUUACCUUGUCCGCUCAGGGAUUCAAUCCAGCAUCCUUUUGUUUACUGGCCCAACACUCUAAUCACUAAACUACCUGCCUCCCUAUGUAUGUGACAAUAAAACACCCUUGUAUUGUCAACCUAAAUGGAAGGUUUGAUUUAUUGCUAUCUGUUAUACAACGGGUGGGUCUAAUACUGAAUGCUGAUUGGCUUAGGUGAGGAUUGUUCAUGUGAUUAAAGCAAUAGUUUUUGUCAGACAUUGAUCAGACCAAAAAAAGAAUAAUCUAGUCUAAUGUCAAGUCCAUUUGUUGUGUACGGUAGUUCUAGUUACCUAAGGCCACUUUUGAGGUCUUUAAAAAAAAACGGUUGGAAUUUGGUUCUGCAGUGAACUACGAUUUUAACCAAGGAUGUAGACUAGAGCUGUAGCUGAUUGGCUGGAAGGCACUGUGAGGUUUUAGAUACAGCCAUACUGUCCCCCUCUGGCCUGUGGGUUGGUGAUGAUGAGCUAGUGGAAUGUCCUCCUGCUACAGAGCUGGAGAGCCCAGACUGUACAGGAGCCAUGGAUGUCUGUCUGUCAGUGUAGAUAAGGUCAAAAUGAUACUGUAUAUGUAGGAAUAUAAUGGUUGAGAGGUAUUUAUAUCCAUAACUCAUGCGGUUACUUAAUAUUAUGGAUCUUUCAGGUGAAUAGCGUUUUGUUUAUGAUGAUGAUCUAGUUGAGAAUAGGAGGACCAACAGUCAGUGCAAUAUUAUUAUUGUUCCAGUCGCAGAACCACAAGCAGACACAGACAGUCAGAGACCACAGCAGAGACAAUCUAUAUAUUGUAUCUAACAUGCACGAGCAUAGACAACAUAGACAACAUCUAGUUCUACUGUCCAGCCCCUUCACACUUCUACUGUCCCUUUACAAAGGAUAACUGUUACGAUUUUAUAGUGCAAACAAAACUAUUUUUCAAACCGGACCAUUUUACAAAGUCUUUGACAGAAUACUGUAUUGCUUCCUAUCGUGUGUGAAGGUAUAUUUUUUAGUCAGAAUGAAGAAGUGGUUGAAUGUGAACAUGUGAACGUGAAACUCCAUCCGCUAUUUGAAUUGUAUUAGGUGGUGUUCAUCAUUCAGACUGGGUUAGCCCUUCAAUACUGUAUACAGUAUGUAUAUAUCAGUUAUGUUAACCACUUAACCGUACAGUAUGUCUUGAAAUAGAAAUGUAUGUCAGAAAAAAUGACUGUUUAUAUUUGAGAAUAUUACAAUUAUUGCCACUUUAGUAGCAGUCUUGCAUGUACUCCUAUUAAAGGUCAGUGUACACCAUGUCCAGGACAUGUUCUACUGUAUGGGGCUGAAAUCUUAUUAAUAAGAUGCUUAUGUAGCUACCACGUAAAUACAUAGAUUUCUGAAUACUUAAUAUGCUGUAAAGUGGGACCAAUAUAUUUAGCUACAAUACAGUACAUACAUAACAUGUAUGUCAUUUACUCAAGUAUUAAUUAUAUAAAAUGUACACAAGCCUAACAUGAUUAUAUCCAUUAACAGAUUGGGAAUGUUUUGUACAGUAUUAGUACAAUACACUAAUGGCACAUACUAUCACUCUAAAUAUAUAGAUAUAUAGGGGUAACAUAUACUGGUUGAGGUGGCAAUAAUUUCAUUAUAUUUUGAUUAUAUGCAGUUUAUUGGACAUAAAGGUAGAAUAGUAAUCAUAUAAUGCAUAUUUGAAUUUGAAGGCAUGUACAUAAAUGAAAUAGUGUUCUGUACCUCUUACAAUCUCAUCCAUUUCCCUUUGUAGCAGGUCUGAAUUUCAAAUGGUUUCAGAUAGUUUUUAUAUUUGACAGUUUAUCAUGGUUUUCUUUUACAGAAAAACAAAAAAUCAUUAUCAGCAUUAUUAGGCAAGGCCGUAAGAAGUAUACUUAUGUACUUGAAGUGGCACAUAUUUGAAACACCUCCAACAUCAGAUCUGUAUGCAGAUCCCUCACUGCUCGCUCUCUCUCUCCUCUGGUUCAUAGCUCACUUUGAACCUUCGAGGGUGAGAGCUCGCUGUAUCAUUGUCUCUGUACUGUGGAAUAAAUACAAUUAGAAAACGA